AUGGUAUCAGCGCUCAUUUUGAUACAGAAGGCUACCCCAGAAACGAUCGUUCAAUUUCACGAUCAAUUGUCUAACGAGUUACCGACGCUUAAAGGUAAAUGGAGCUUCAGUUUUAAGAUAUUUAGGAAUAAUCCAUAUUCUAUUGCUCCUGAGUUAGCAGAGACAAGUGUGACAUCGUCGGAAUCCAAAUUUUUGUAUACACUAGCACCAUCAUACCUAGUGGGGUCUUGUAUUUCGUUGAUUAAUAAGAAUUCUGCUUGUGUAUUCAGUAACGUUAUAGAAGAAGAAUCGGCCGAAAUUCUGAAUGGAUCCGAAUUUUCUAUUCCGGAUAGCCACUUGCAUCAAGGGGCCACUACGGGGUUGAACGACACGUUUGACUUUUUUGUGAAUCAAAAAAUGCAGAGUUUAUGGACACAGAAGCAGAACAUCAAAGGAGACGGUGGCCAAAUAUACGAGCUAGAGAAUGGAAGUUUAAUCAUAAGAACCUCGAAUGUAUUUCUCCAUGGUAUAUUCAAGGGGUUGUUAAUUCAAAUCGAAGUUGAAAACGAGUCCAGCGAGCAUGAAACCAGCUCCUUACUGGAGCCGUUUGAACGUGUUCUUUCGAAAUACAAUAUCCCUCGCGGUAAAAUGAGUUGCAAUGUUUUAGAUUCAAAAUUAUUAGACAAAUACGGUGACUUGUGCUUGCAGUAUUCAGAAAUACUCAAUUUUUAG